AUGGCAGCGACAUGGGGUGGUGCUCCAUCUAUCAGAGGUCCCACCGAUUCAGUGCGGAUGAUACUAUUGACGAUAUGCCUAACUGGUGUUCAAUUAGUAUGGAGUGUUGAGAUGUCAUAUUGUGCCCCUUACCUCUUGUCACUCGUUGGUGCCAUUGCCGAUAGGUCACGGUCACGGUGGGGAAGGAGGCGACCAUUAAUGGUUAUCGGGAGUGUCGUCGUUGCAGUUGCACUACUAAUUUUGGGCUGGACUAGAGAGAUCAGUACAUUUUUCUUCGGAGAAGGCGAUGCAACCAAUACUAUUGUUAUUAUUCUUGCAAUUAUGGCACUAGCUUUGGUGGAUUUUGCUGUGAAUGCCGUGCAGGCAUGUUGUAGAGCACUUAUUGUUGAUACUCUCCCGAUUCCUCAGCAACAACACGGAAGUGCAUGGGCUAGUAGGAUGAUCGCAGUCGGCAACAUUGCUGGCUAUUUUGCGGGCACAGUCGACCUUAAGGCGAUAUUUGGUACUUCUUUGGGUGAUAGUCAGUUUAAACAACUCAUGGGCCUUGCCGCAUUUUGGCUGUUGUUCUGCAUCCUUGUCACCUGUUUUUGCGUAGAUGAAAGAGUACUUUUGAAUAGACGGAGCUCCGAUGAGAAAUCAUCCACCAUUCAAGUAUUUGUCCUGAUAUGGAGAACCUCGUGGCAUCUUCCAAAAGGUAUCUGGGAUAUGUGUGUAGUUUUGUUUUGGGCAUGGAUAGGCUGGUUUCCAUUCAUGGUUUAUAGCACAACAUUCGUGGGUGAGGUCCUCAAACGAUAUGAUGCGGCAGCUCAAGAAAGUUUGCAAUCGUCUACGGAUGUUGUCGGCGAUAUUGCAAGAGUCGGUAAAAAAUCCUGGGAACGGUUCACUGGCCAAUUUUCUAGAAUCCAUGAUACCUUUCAAACCAAGUUUAGCAACUGCAUGGAUUGUGGAGUGGCCUGGUCUUUAAUGACUUGGGCUCCUUUUAGUAUUGUUGGGGAAGAGAUUAAUCGACUCAAUAUUUGUGGGCCGGCCAACAGUUAUCGUCCUCAGAGAUUAAGUGGAGCAUAUGGGCCUCUAAACCAUCACCGGAAUUUCGAAUAUGAUGAAGACGUAGAGAUGGAGGAAGCGACAGAAAACCCUAUACCUAGUGAUACCACUCUAACAACAGUGAAUCCAGAAGUCGGUUCUGAUGACCUUGCAGGAGUUUAUCUCGGAAUUCUGAAUGUGUUUGCAUGUCUGCCGCAAUUUGUCGGUUCAUUUAUAUCUUUUGUUGUAUUUUCAAUACUGGAGCCGGGACUAAGUCCCGAAUUCACGGAAGGAGAUGUCGGGCCUCCAAGGGUCGGUAUAAAUGCUAUUGCGAAAGAUAAGAAGAUCUUUGCCCUCCGCUAUCCCUUGGACGCAAGGGAUACCAAAUGUGAGAUCGUGUCGGGAGCUUCCACUUCACAUAACAGGAAUAAACCCCUCAAACAAUUUAGGAAGGGGAUUGAGGCACACGUUUUCAGUGACGACAAGCUUUCAGACAUUAGAGGAGAUUCUUUUGUUUCUGGAGAUAUGAUUACUAUCAAGGUUCCUUGCUCCUCAGCCAACAUUGGUCCCGGUUUCGACGUAGUUGGUCUAUCCCUCUCCAUCUGGCUCGAGCUUCAAGUCACAAUUAAGGCCACGACCACCUCUUCGCACCCCGUCAAUUGCCAAAUUACAUACGAAGGCGAAGGCGCCGAUCACGUCCCGUUAAAUGCAGAGCACAAUCUUAUCACCCGCACUGCGCUCUACGUCCUGAAAUGUCACUCGAAACGUGCUUUCCCGAGCGAAACACAUGUGCAUAUCGUUAACCCAAUCCCACUCGGUCGUGGUCUCGGUUCUUCUGGUGCGGCUGUUGUUGCAGGUGUGCUGCUCGGCAAUGCGGUUGGCGAACUCGGUCUCAGUAAAGAUAGAAUGAUGGACUAUUGCCUGAUGAUUGAACGCCAUCCAGACAACGUUAUGGCAGCCAUGUAUGGUGGAUUCGUAGGCAGCUAUCUAAAGGAACUCGACCCUGCGGACAUGGAGCGAAAAGAGAUACCGCUGGCAGAGGUCCUGCCGGAGCCUGCUGGAGGUGUGGAUACGGGCUUGAAACCCCCCGAGCCACCACUCGGGAUUGGACACUAUAUAAAGUUUGGUUGGGCGCGGGAGAUCAAGGCAAUUGCUAUUAUCCCUCAAUUUGAGGUUUCUACUGCGACAGCCAGAAGUGUGCUGCCAGUGAAUUAUAGCAGAGCAGAUUUGAUUUUUAAUCUGCAAAGACUUGCGGUACUUACCACAGCGCUGACCAGGUCUCCCCCUGAUGCGGAACUCAUCUUCCAAGCCAUGCAGGAUAAGGUACAUCAGCCGUACCGUAAAGGGCUGAUCCCCGGGCUACCUGGAAUCCUGGCUUCAGUUACUCCCCAGUCCCACCCGGGUCUCCUCGGGAUUUGUCUCUCAGGAGCUGGCCCCACCAUAUUGGCGCUGGCCACCGAAAACUUUGAGAACAUCGCGAAUGAGAUUCUGACAAAGUUCAAGCAAGAUGGGAUCACUUGUGACUGGAAGGUGUUGGAGCCUGCUUAUGACGGUGCCCAGGUCAUAAAUUCAUGA